AUGGCUGACGCUACAAACACUACGUUAACUGCUAUAUCAGCAGUACAAUCAGCAUUAGCUGUUUUGUACACGUUGCAGCUUACUGAAUUUCGCUACCCAUCAGACUGCUCCCUUACAAAUGCUACUACUUAUGACUACAUAGUUGUUGGUGCCGGCUCUGCAGGGUCUGUCGUCGCUAACAGACUCUCGGCGAAUAGCAGCAACUCGGUUCUAUUAAUAGAAGCUGGCUCGUUUCCACCAUGGGAGUCAGAGUUGCCCGAACUGUUCACGCCAAUGCCUAAGACAGACUUUGACUGGGACACAUCAUCAGUCAACGAUGGAUACUCAGCACAGAACCUGCAGGAUUCCGUCGUCAGUUUGACACAAGGAAAAAUGAUUGGCGGCAGCAGUAACAUCGGCCACAUGAUACACGUACAAGGAGACCCACACGAUUACAACCAGUGGGCUUCUUUAUUAAAUGAUGAUACUUGGACUUACGAAAACUUACUACCAUUCUUCAAGAAACUCGAACAAUUAACUGAUGUAGAUCUGCUUGCGACCUCUUUCGCUGAUCUGCACGGUACCGAUGGCAUGAUCAAGAUUGAACGAGAAAUAGCAUCAAUCAGUCAAUAUUACUUAAAUGCUUUCGCAGAAGCUGGACAUACUAUCGUAAAUGAUACAACUUCAGCUACUUCAUCUCUUGGUGCAACUAAUCCCUUGUUCACAAUUGGUGAUAACUUACGCCAGAGUAGCUCCAUUGCCUAUUUAGCUCCUGCCAAGUCUCGCACAAACUUGUGCAUGGCUCUGAGUACUACAGCAACUAAGGUUUUGGUCGAAGAUGGAGCAGCUGUUGGUGUUCAAGUAACCUCGUCAUCCGGUGAUACUCUUGUUCUUUAUGCAAAUAAAGAGGUUAUCGUUUCUGCUGGAGCAAUUCACACCCCCAAGCUACUGAUGCUGUCUGGUAUCGGACCUCAAGAUCAACUCGAGGCACUGAGUAUUCCAGUAGUUGCUGACUUGCCUGUUGGUCAAAAUCUAAUGGACCAUCCAUCAGCUGUAAUUUUGAUUCAAAUGGAAGAAGACACUACUACCACUCCUGCCGUCAGCCCCUACAAGUUCCCUGUACCAACUACUACUCUCUACGCAACUGUGAACUCGUCACAGACUUACCCUGACUACCAGGCUAUCUCCCUCGUAUUCCCACACGACUCUGGAGCAAUGAUGCAACUUUGCGCCAAUUCUUUCAAGUACUCCAACGACAUUUGUAAUAUAUUCGCUGCAGCUAAUGUAGGCAGAACAGUGCUUUAUGUAGUACACAAUUUGAUGAUGCCAAAAUCUUACGGCAAUGUAUCGCUUGCUAGCACUGAUCCCACCGUCGAACCGAUCGUGUACACUGGUACUUACUCUAAUGCGGACGAUUUGUCACUGAUGGCUGCUUCAUUGGCAGACUUUAUGAAGGUGAUGGACACGACGUAUUUCACUGAAUCAAACGCUACUUUUGUAGAUACUGGUUUGUGCUCAGGUUUGACUGGUACUGAGUACUGGGAGUGUUAUGCUUUGGGCAUGUCUGCUACUAUGUGGCAUUAUUCUGGUACAUGCGCGAUGGGAUCAGUAGUAGACAGCACUUUGAAAGUGAAAGGUAUUGAUAAUCUGCGUGUUGUUGAUGCCAGUGUAAUGCCUACUGAAGUGAGUGGUAAUAUUAAUGCAGCUGUCACUAUGAUUGGCGAGCGCGGUGCCGCAUUGAUCCUUGCCGAUAACUAGAUCAUGAUAACUAUAAUGACCGAAGAAGAUUUAACGACCAAUUGUUUUUAAUACGCAUUGUUUGGUUAAUCGAUUUUGUAAAAAAUAUUGUUUUAAAAGUUAAUAAAGAUUAUUAUUGAAUA